CAUUUUAUCUCUUGCAACCAAACGACUCCUUAGCCAAACAACUUACGCAAGUUUCCUCUCCUUUCCUUCCCUCACAAACCAAACGACACCAGUCCAACCAAUUCAUCCUCCCGCUUUCCUGAGCAGUGGCUUCUUCUUCACCAAGCAAAUUCCAAAUUUAACACCAAGCAAAUUCCAAAAGAAAAAUCCCCCCUUUUCCCCCACUUCCCAUGGGAACAUCUUGAUUAGGAAGAUAAAAGAAGAAUUGAUAGUCAAUGGCCGCCAUUUCCACAUGCUUCUUCACAGUGAGACCCACCAAGACUCAAUCCAUCGCAUUCCCUCGAAAACCCUCUUGCUUUAUUCUAAAACCUUCCAGAAUACACUCUGGGUCUUUCAGCAAAAACCUGAUUUUAAGGCAUAAUAGGAGGAGGAGUUCAUCAGUUCAUUGUAGUGUUGAUGUUGAGGUUAAGGCUGGAGGGAUUGUGGAGAGUGAUAAGCUGCCGUCAGAUGUACGGAAAAGGGCAAUGGACGCAGUGGAUUCAUUGGGAAAGAGGGUUACAGUUGGGGAUGUUGCUAGUAAAGCUGGCCUUCAGUUGUCUCAAGCUCAGAAAGCUCUCCAAGCUCUCGCUACUGAUACUAAUGGCUUCUUGGAGGUGUCAGAUGAAGGUGAUGUCCUUUAUGUAUUUCCUAAGGAUUAUCGUUCAAAUCUCACCGCUAAAUCAUUUAGGAUGAAGGUUGAGCCUUUCCUGGAGAAAGCAAAGCUUGCAGGUGAAUACUUAGUGAGGGUUUCCUUUGGUACAGCAUUAAUUGCUUCAAUUGUCAUUGUCUAUACAACCAUAAUUGCUAUCCUCUCUAGUAGAAGUGAAGAAGACAACCGGGGAAGACGAGGCAGAUCUUAUGACAGUGGUUUCACAUUUUACUUAAGUCCAACUGAUUUAUUCUGGUAUUGGGAUCCAUACUAUUAUAGGAGACGACGAGUUCGCGAAGAAAGUGGUGGGAUGAACUUCAUUGAAUCUGUUUUCUCCUUUGUAUUUGGUGAUGGUGAUCCAAAUCAAGAGAUUGAAGAGGAGAGGUGGAAGUUGGUAAUAAUUGAGCACUGAAUUUAGCGGUCCGUUGCUUUUUUUUGUUCCUUUUCUUAUUUCUGCGGUGGGGGUGGCUUGGGCAUGUGAAUAAUGGGAGAGGAACUGGAAAAGGAUGGCCUUUGGUGGAAUUAGAAUCUUACACAUGUUGGAUAGAGUUGCAACCACUAAGCUACAACUCCAAGCCCAGUGGUCUAUUAUUUUCAAUAUUUCAUUGCUGACACUGUGAUUACUUGUCUGCUUUUAUGUUUUCCUCUUUUCUUCUUCCUGCUUCUGGUAACUCCUUGCCUGCUUUUUGGUUAAUCUCUACCAUCUUAAAAUGACGUGAGAUAUUAAGAUGUUCUAGUUAAAUUGUUUUGCAUAACAACGUUUUUUUCCACAAUCACUUGUUUUAUUUUUGUUGUUUCUGUACAGCAUCAUCUUUUUGCACUUACAAAUUUUUUGCCUAUCUA